CCCGCGCGUGGCCGGCGGAGCGACCCCGGCCCGGCGCCGGCCCCGCCCCGCCCCGCGCCCAGGGGUCCCGGGGCGGGCUCCGGGCUUCGGGCGGACGAUGCGGCGGCGCGGCCGGAGCGGCGGCGGGAAGCGGAGGCGGAGGUGACGCGCUAGGGCCGGCGGGCCGGGCCAUGCAGCGCUCCCGGGCGGCCGUGGACGAGGCGGCCCUACUCCUGGCUGGGCUGGCCCUGCGGGAGCUGGAGCCGGGCGGCGACUCUCCGGGCCGGGGUCGACGGGGGCCGCGGCCCGGGCCGGGAGAGGAGGCGGCGCAGGCACUGGGCCGCAGAGGCAAGGGAGGCGGCGGCCCCGAGGCCGGGCCGGACGGACUGAGCCGCGGGGAGAGAGGCCCGCGGCGCACGGUGGCUCCCGAGCUUAGCGCGCAGCCGGCGGGCAGCCCGCGGGUCAGCCUGGCGGGCUCCGACGGUGGCGGCGGCGGUAGCGCCCGCUCCAGCGGAAUCAGCCUGGGCUACGACCAACGCCACGGCAGCCCACGCUCCGGCCGCUCCGACCUGCGUCCGGGCCCAGGUCCGUCGUCGGUGGGCAGUGCCCGCUCCAGCGUGUCCAGUCUCGGCUCCCGCGGCUCGGCGGGCGCCUACGCCGACUUGCUCUUGCCCGGCUCUUGCCUUGCGCCGGCUCGCUCCCCGGAGCCUGCCGGGCCGGCACCCUUCCCUCUGCCUUCUCUGCAGCUGCCCCCGGGCCGAGAGGGCGGCCCGAGCGCGGCCGAGCGGCGGCUGGAGGCGCUUACCCGAGAGCUGGAGCGGGCGCUGGAGGCGCGCACGGCGCGGGACUACUUCGGCAUUUGCAUCAAGUGUGGGCUUGGCAUCUAUGGAGCACGGCAGGCGUGCCAGGCGAUGGGGAGCCUGUACCACACCGACUGCUUCAUCUGUGACUCCUGCGGGUCCCCCUUCCCGCCCCUCACCCUCACAGGGAGACGACUUCGAGGGAAGGCGUUCUACAACGUGGGAGAGAAGGUGUACUGCCAGGAGGACUUCCUGUACUCCGGGUUCCAGCAAACAGCUGACAAGUGUAGCGUGUGUGGACACCUCAUCAUGGAGAUGAUCCUGCAGGCCCUGGGCAAGUCCUAUCACCCCGGCUGCUUCCGGUGCUCCGUGUGCAAUGAGUGCCUGGACGGGGUGCCCUUCACCGUGGACGUGGAGAACAACAUCUACUGCGUCAGGGACUAUCACACGGUUUUUGCACCAAAAUGUGCCUCCUGUGCCCGUCCUAUCCUCCCUGCACAGGGCUGCGAGACGACCAUCCGUGUGGUGUCCAUGGACAGAGACUACCACGUGGAAUGCUACCACUGCGAGGACUGCGGGUUGCAGCUGAGUGGGGAGGAUGGACGCCGCUGCUAUCCCCUGGAGGGCCACCUUCUAUGUCGUCGCUGCCAUCUGCGGCGCCUCGGGCAUGGCCCACUUCCCUCACCCGCUGUGCAUGUCACUGAGCUCUGAGCAGGGGCAGGUUGGGCGUGGGCUUGGGUGUGGGAGGGAGGGCUGCAUGGGUGGCCCAGUCAGUGUCCCUGCGGGCCCUGCUGCCACUGCCACCACACUCCCUCCCGCACUCCUGCCCAGCCGCUGGCCUGUCCGCAGGGGCCGGACCCCCGCGUUGAAGCUACUCCUAUUUAUUCACCGUCUGUGCCUCCUCAAGUCACCUCCCUCGGGUGCCCUGCCCAGUCACCAGCUUUCCAUUCCAGGACUCACUACGCCUCUGCAGCCUCCAGGACAGGCUGGGCUGGAGAGCUGGAGAGGUCCGCCUUCCUUGGUUUGGAAGGGGCCUGGGACCCCCUCCAAACUUGCUCCCCGGGAUAGGGUGUGGUCCGGAAGGCCUGGGUUGGUGGAGGGCACACGGGUUUGUGUUUCAUAAAUGCCUUGCCCGCUGGUGGGUGAGACGGGUGACUUGUUUUUGUGGGGAACACUGUGGUAUUUGGCCAUGGGGGCUUUGAGGGUGUUUUCAGCCACAAUUUCCCCCUGCCCUGGCUCCUGGCUUGGGGUUUGCCCCUCCCCACCAUCCUCAGCCUCUGGAAAAGACCUGCUCGCGCAGAACUCCAGCCGCAGGUGUUGGUGCAGAGCGACCGCGAGGGGGCGCCUGCGCGCCCUGCCGGGAAACCACCUGUAUGCGCGCACUGUGUACCAGGCUCCACAACAAAUGGAUAUGAUUUGACUUAAAUUAAGUUUUUCCUUUGAGGAUAUUUUCAUUUUCUUUAAAAGAAUAUAGUUUUCUUGUAAGAACUUGGACUGAGGUUGUUAUUUCUUAAAAUUACAGCAGACCCGCAGAUGCCCUAUUUGUAUAUCAAGUAGCUAGAUUUGGGGUGGUAACAAUAUUGUAGCUUAACUAUUUUUGUAUAAAUUCAUUUAAAAUCUCACAGUGUGUGCCUG